UAUUUACAUAACAAUUCUUCAAAAUUGACCUUUUACGAUACGUUAUGUUAUCGUAUAACGCGCAAGCGUGAUAUGACGAGUGCUAUAAUAUAUAAAUAAAUAUCUAUUUACUAGACUUUUAUGAAGAUUAUUCAUACAUAGGUAUUAUAUGGUGUUGUUAUAAAUUUGGAGGUUAUAAACUACCUUCCAGUUACCAAAUAUGAGUACAUUCAUGGUAAUUUAUAAAGGCUAUCAACGACUGCUGACCAAUCAUCCAAUGUUAGUUCAGUCUUGUCAAGCUAGUGUGCUGAUGGGAACAGGUGAUUUGAUAGCCCAGACGGUCGUAGAAAAAAAAUCCAUCGCUGAAGUAGACUUUGGAAGGACCGCCAGAUUUUCAACUUUAGGUUUAGUUUUAGUUGGUCCUACUCUGACGACAUGGUACAAGUGCCUAGAAAAACUCUACGGUACGUCAAAAAAAUACCGGGUGAUCAAGAAAGUGGCUACGGAUCAGCUGUGUUUCGUCCCUUGUUUCCAUGCCGUCUUCAUCACAUCGAUCAAUGUCUUGAAUGGCCAUGACUGGGCUUUCACGAAAGAACAGCUGAGGCUCAAAUACGUUGACGUUGUGACGUCUAAUUACGCACUAUGGCCGGCAGUGCAACUCGUCAACUUCCGGUUUGUACCACUCAGUUACCAGGUUCUGGUGGUUCAGUGUGUAGCUGUUUUUUGGAACGUUUAUUUGUCCUGGAAGACCCAGUUUGGUGUGGAAAAAAAGCUGUGAUAU